ACGCGCGCGCUGGGACCGCGGUGCUCAUUAAAGAUAAAUAUGUAUUUGUGCUAGUAACACGGCCGCGGCGCGCAGACUGGCAGCGCUUCUCGGUCUGCUCGGGCUCUCUCAGCUUCUUCUGCUCAUCCUUGUGGUUCUUGCGUGCGCUGCACGCAUUGGUGGUUGCGCACUUGAGGGGGAAGCUGGCGCGCUCCUGCUGCUCAAUGCGCCACUUGGUCAGACGCGAGCAUCCCGCCGGACGAGCACAUUUGGACUUGCACAGCUUUUCCAGCGUUACUUGCUUCCAACAAGUACUUGCGUGAAAAGGGGAUUGCUUUUGAUUUCGCUUCCAAAUAUGUGGCAAUGGAAUUCCUUCCCGUGGAUUUAAAGUGAGCCCAACUUUGCGCUUUUUCUUCCAAGGAGGCUGUUUCUUGUCGCGUGUGAGGAGAGGAUGAUGCUCGCUGGACUCUGUCUUCUUCUGCCUCUUUUAGAUGGGCUGCACGGGGCCGAGGAGGGCGGGCGGUCGUCGCGCGUGGACUGCGUGCGGGCCAGCGAGCAGUGCCUGAAGGAGGCGUCGUGCAGCAGCAAGUACCGGACCAUGCGGCAGUGCGCCGCCGGCGUCGCCAAGGAGGGCAACUUCAGCGGCGUGGCUCGGCGCGACGCCCAGGACGAGUGCCGCAGCGCCGUGGACGCGCUCAAACAGAGCCCGCUGUACAACUGCCGCUGCAAGAGGGGCAUGAAGAAGGAGAAGAACUGCCUGCGCAUCUACUGGGGCAUCUACCAGACCUUACAAGGUAACGACUUUCUGGAGGAUUCUCCCUACGAGGCCGCCAACGGUCGCCUGGCGGACAUUUUCCGCCUGGCCCCCAUCAUCGAGGGGGCCCAACCCUGGAGCAGCUCGGCUACUUUGUCUUCGGCGAGGGUGGGCGGCCGGGUCCGGGGGGGCCCCUCCUCAACGGACCUGCAGGACCCCAGUAGAAACAGGAGGGCCCACCCCAACUGGGCCAUACUGGGCGAGCCGGCGGUGGCUCGGGAGAACAACUGCUUGAACGCGGCCAAGGCCUGCAACCUGAACGACACGUGCAAGAAGUACCGCUCGGCCUACAUCAGCCCGUGCCCCAGCCGCGUCUCCACCGCCGAAGUUUGCAACAAGAGGAAGUGCCACAAGGCCCUCCGCCAGUUCUUUGACAAGGUUCCUCCCAAGCACAGCUACGGGAUGCUGUUCUGCUCGUGUCCGCUCAGCGACCAGACGGCGUGCUCGGAACGCCGGCGUCAGACCAUCGUGCCCGUCUGCUCGUACGAGGAGAAACAAAAGCCCAACUGCCUGGAGCUGCAGGCCUCGUGCAGGACCAACUACAUCUGCAGGUCGCGUCUGGCCGACUUCUUCGCCAACUGCCAGUCGGAACCGCGCUCGCGGUCGGGCUGCCUGAAGGAAAACUACGCAGACUGUUUGCUGGCCUACUCGGGCCUCAUCGGUACGGUGAUGACCCCCAACUACCUUCGCUCGCCCAAGAUCAGCGUGUCGCCGUACUGCGACUGCAGCAACAGCGGCAACGACAGAGACGAGUGCGACAAGCUGGUCACCUUCUUCGCAGACAACGGCUGCCUGCGCAACGCCAUCCAGGCCUUCGGGAACGGCACGGACAUGGGCGUGUGGCCGCCCAUGUCUCCCGCCCAGGUCACCACCACCACCACCACCACCACCACCGUGACGUCGCCGCACCAACGCAACCGCAACAACAACGUGGACAACCACAUCAACGGCGACUCCGGAAUAUACCACUUCUGCGGGAGUCUGCAGGCUCAGAAGUUGAAGUCCAACUCCAGCGCUGACAGCGUCUUCUGCGUGGUGAGUUGCCUUCAUUCAUUCAACUUGAUGGGUGUUUCUUGA